UUUUCCUUUGCUUCGUUUACUUCAAAACAGGUUCGUUCCACUAAGUCGUUUGAUCGUCAUUCCCGAACAGUCUGUUCAGCAGAUCGCAGCCGGUCAAGUUUUGCGGUGUAAAUAAUCAGUGUGAAAAAAUACAUUUUCUAUAAUGGCUAAAUUACUACUUUUGGGUUUCAUCAUUUUGGCUGUUAUAGUCGUAAUCGACGGCGCAUCUUCUAACGUGUGCCCUGUUUCAUCGAAGGUACAGACUUGUACCCCAAAGUGCUUGAGCGAUCUGGACUGCAGUACUAGCGGCGGAAAGUGUUGUCCAAAUACAUGCAACUUCAAAUCCUGUGUCAGCCCGAACCAACUGACCCAAAGUGCCUCAGGGGGUAACAAAUAUCAAUCUGGUGGAGCCGGUUCUUACUGUGGAAACACGAAGUGCAACUCCUAUGAAACUUGUCAGCUGGAUAAAACUACUAAACGUCAAAAAUGUGUACGAUCUUAAUACUUUAUUUGUUGAUUACUCGUUAGAUGCGAUAGAAUACAAAUACUUUUCUGCAUAUUAAAACUA